GCGCAUCUUGGUGCACAUACAUUGGGAGCGCCCAAAAAACAUCUAUGAAGUGGGGAAUUCCACAUAAAUGAAGUCAAAGAAUAUGUCGAUACACGUUCAUAAACAUAAUCACAUUAUCACCCAAAUGACGUAUGUAUAUCGAACUAUAACGCCCGUCAAUGCCAAAUAUUUCACAUGCAAUUCUCCAUAAAAUAUUAUAGAUAAAUAAGUCAAAACAAAUUUACAAAACGAAAGUGAAAUUCUACACGAAAUAAAAAUUCAAAUUUAUCUUUUUACAUUGUUAACUUGCGCAGUAGACGGUGAAAUUGUUAUAAAUACAGUACAUGCGAAGAUAAAAUAUGGAUAAAUAGAUUGUUCAGUCCCGAAUCAUGUCAGGCCAUACCAAGUUCAAAAUUCCUAUUUAUAUUCUCUAUGUAUAUUGAGAAGGUAACUUGCCAUAUAGUUUAGAAUGGCUUGAGUGGCACAGGUUGUUUUAGUGCGGGGUUGGGCAAUUACUUUUCUGUGUGGGCCAGCUACAGAUAAUGAACUUGGUUACGGGGUCGAAGGCUAAAAACUCGAUAUGAAAAACUAUGAAAAACAGUUAAUUUACAACAAUUAGCCUAACGUUUAUAUAAUAAUAAGAAGCACAAUGUAACAAUUGAGGUCAUUAUGAGGUAUUUUCAUCCAUAUUUUCAAUGGAAAUUUAUAUUCAUAAAAACUAUAGUCGUAAUUGCAGCAAACACAAAAAGGCCGGCUGAAACACUUCGGUGGGCUAGAUACAUCUGGCGUGGCAUAAAUUGACCCCUCCUGUUUUUGUGGGAGUAGUGCAGCGUUCCCCAACCAAGGUAGAAUUUCUGGGGAUGAAGUAUUACUAUGCAUUUGGUGUUGUUUUACUAAUAUUAGUUACCGGUAGUUACUAUUCAAAGUUGCAAAAGCAAGAGUGCGAGUUGAUUUCAACUAAAGGUCAGAACCCCCCAGACUUCGAAAUGUAAAAGAAUAUCGGACUAUAAUAUUAACACACACUCACUCUUCCUUACAGAUAAAAAAAUAAGAAGUAAUUUUAUGCUACACACUGUCUUUUAAUAUCUGCAUUCCCUAACUGGAUAAAACUUAUCAAAAAAAAUAUUUCUCAUAAAAAAAAAGGAAGCAACCAGUGUUUGGUAACAAGAAAUCGCUAUGGGAUGUGUUUUCAGUUGUCUAAGAACAAAGAGAGAGGAUUGUAUCGACGGGGCGUAUGAUGGACCGGUAGAAGUCGUAGUGAAAGUGACGCAAACCCACGAGAUUGUUUAUCCUUCGACUAAUAGUGGAAGAAUUCGUGUCAAAACUCUGCACACUCCGAAAACAUGGACAAAAUUGAAAUGUGAGACGGGAGGAUUUAUACUCCGACAUCAUCAUUGUGGAAAAGACUAUUAUAUGACUAAAACAUCGAAAGACAAAGUAAAACUUCUGGAAGGAGUCCGGAACAGUGAGAGUACGGCGUUUGAAUUGUAUGACGACCCGGAAAGUAAAAGGUUAAUGAGACACGUACACAGCGGAAAAUUUAUCGCACUAACGGAAAAUCGACGUUUAAUUCUCAUUGAGGAAGAGCGAUUGGCUGAGGGAAUUCAAGUCUAUGUGACGGAUGAAGCAUGACUACAGAAGCACAAAGUAGUAAAAACCAUAUAAAAUUUCACUUGUGAUUCAGUUAGAUUUCAAAUCUCUAAAUGAGCUUAAACUGCAUGAAACAUCAAAAUGUUUCGUUUUCGCGUUUCGGAAUCAAACUUUGUCACAAAAUGGUAAAUUCUAUUAAAAACAGUAAUCUGAAAUACCAGGAAUCUCAUGAAAUAAUUUUUUUUUCCAAAUGACGUUUUGGUUGAAAUAACCAAAAAUGCUAUCUUAUAUAAAAGCCAGUAAACGCAGCGCCAUCAUUCUAUAUAGUUUCGGUAGCUCUUGCCACUCAUCGGUGGUCAUCUCCUUUACCUCUGAGUGGAUGACCUUGCUUAGAGCAAAUCUCUUAAGAAAAGCAAAAAUAUUUCAAAAUAAUUUCAGUGGUUGGCGGUUGCCUAUUUCAGUGGUCUAGAUAACUUUUAGUGAAUGUGCACGAUCUUGCUUUGAGCAAAUUUUUAUAUUAUUGAAGAAAAUGCUAUAUUAUUGUACUUGAUUAUUUUAUGAAAAGGAACUUAUGAAUCAAAAAACUAUGAUGGUUAAAAAUGUAAAUUGUGAGAAUCCUUUACAUUGAUAUCAGGUUAAAAAAAUGCUGCUGUUAUUCAAAAUUGCGCCCAUUCGUAAAAAUUCGAUGUUCCAUCAAAUAAAACUAUUCAAAAUCACUCCAAAUACACACUUUUAUUCUGGGAAUUCUUGUGGAGUAAUUUUUUGUAGGCAUUUGUUUAGCUUAACUAGUGGUGGGUCUGUAUAGUUAGACUAUUAUUAUCUUACAAAUAAUGCUGCCUUGUAUAAUUCUUCAUGUUAUUUGUAUUUUUAUUUAAAUCUAGUGCU